AUGUUGUCGGUUGAUGAAACUGAAAUCACAUCAGAAAAACAGAAAACAGAUAAGGAACUGAGGAAAGAGGCGAAGAAAGCCGAAAAGAUGGCUAAAUUCCGUGAAAAAGAGAAGAAGUUAGCAGAAAUAAAGACCAGGCAGGGGAAACCGGUUGUGGAAACAGGAAGUAAAGAAUCACGAAAAGUUGAAAAAUAUAUUGGGAAAACAAAACCAGGAGAAAAGAAGGAUACCAUCUCUGAAUUGCCAAGUGCAUAUAAUCCAUCGUAUGUAGAAGCAGCUUGGUAUGAUUGGUGGGAGCAAGAAGGUUUCUUUCGACCAGAAUACAGCUGUGAUUUGAAAAAACGGAAUUCUGAGGAUAUUUUCACAGUUGUUAUCCCACCUCCUAAUGUCACGGGAACGCUACAUUUGGGACAUGCUUUGGCUACUUCAGUUGAGGAUACUGUCUGCAGAUGGCAAAGAAUGAAAGGCAAAGCAGUUUUGUUCAAUCCUGGAUGCGAUCAUGCUGGAAUUGCUACACAAGUUGUGGUAGAAAAGCGUCUGAAACGGGAAUUUGGUUUAGGAAGACAUGAUCUAGGACGUGAAAAAUUCAUAGAGGAAGUAUGGAAGUGGAAAAACGAAAAAGGCGAAGUAAUUUACGAACAAUUAAAAAAAAUGGGUGCAGGAGUUGAUUGGAAUCGUGCUUGUUUUAUGAUGGAUCCAAAAAUAACAUAUGCUGUGGCACAUGCAUUCAUUAUAAUGCAUGAAAGAGGUGUCAUAUACCGAAGUACUCGGCUGGUGAAUUGGUGUUGUGUGUUAAAAUCUGCUAUUUCUGAUAUUGAGGUUGACAAGAUGGAAUUAAGUGGACGCACUUCUUUGUCAGUUCCCGGAUAUUCCAAAAAAAUCGAAUUCGGUGUUUUGACAUCCUUUGCUUAUGUAGUCGAAAACUCAGAUGAAGAAAUCGUGGUUGCAACUACCAGACUGGAAACCAUGUUAGGUGAUACAGCAGUUGCUGUACAUCCGGAUGAUGAACGGUACAAGCAUCUUGUUGGCAAGAACUGCUUGCACCCAUUUAUUGAAAGGAAACUUCCAAUUAUCGCAGAUUCUUUCGUGGAUCGAGAAUUUGGAACAGGUGCUGUAAAAAUAACUCCCGCUCAUGACUAUAACGACUAUGAAGUGGGAGUCCGCCAUAAAUUAUCAUUCAUUACGUGCAUCACGGAUGAUGGUAAUAUGACCGACGACUGUGGAGAAUUUAAGGGUAUGAAACGCUUCGAAGCAAGAGAUGCUGUUAUGGAGGCUUUGAAAAAGAAAGAUCUUUUCAGAGGACAAGUCGAUAAUCCAAUGGUUGUUCCUGUUUGCAGGCAAAUAUUAUGUCAAGCGUUUCACAACAUUGUGAAAUUAAAAUUUGGUGAAAUUUUCAGUCGCUCUAAAGAUAUUGUGGAACCUAUUUUAAAGUCACAGUGGUAUAUCAAAUGUGAUCAAAUGGCACAGAGGGCUAUGAAAGCAGUGGAAGAAGGUCAUUUAAAAAUCAUACCAGAUUUCCAUGUUGCAACUUGGAAAAAGUGGCUAGAGAACAUCAAGGACUGGUGCAUAUCACGGCAGUUGUGGUGGGGGCACCGUAUACCUGCUUAUUUCAUUACAGUUAAUGAUUCCAAAGUGCCUGUUGGGAGCUCAGAUGAUAAUGAUUAUUGGGUGAGUGCACACUCCAAAGAUGAGGCGUUGAAAAAAGCAGCCGAAAAGUUUAAUGUUUCGGAAAAUAAAAUUUCUCUAGAAAGAGAUGAAGACGUUCUGGACACUUGGUUCUCAUCUGGUAUGUGGCCGUUUGAGAUCUUCGGUUGGCCUCACGAAACUACCGAUUUAAAUAAGUUCUAUCCUUCUACACUUCUAGAAACAGGACAUGAUAUACUCUUUUUUUGGGUAGCACGGAUGGUUUUUAUGGCUCAAGAACUUACUGGAAUGUUACCCUUUCGGGAAGUGUAUUUGCAUGCAAUGAUCCGAGACGCACACGGGCGUAAAAUGAGUAAGUCGUUGGGUAAUGUUAUCGAUCCAUUAAACGUGAUACAUGGUAUAUCUCUGACUGAGCUUAAUAAAAUGCUUGAAUCUGGGAACCUUGAUCCGAAAGAAUUGAAAAUAGCAAAAGAAGGGCAAGCACGAGACUACCCUCACGGUAUACCAGAAUGUGGCACUGAUGCACUGCGGUUUGCGCUGAUGAGUUAUACUGGUCAAGGUCGAGAUAUUAAUCUAGAUGUUCUUCGUGUCCAAGGAUAUAGAUUCUUCUGCAACAAAAUAUGGCAGGCAUCACGAUUCACUCUUUCACAACUUAAUAGCGAUUUCAUUCCACCAUCAGAAUUCCAUGUUCCAGAAAAAAGUAGCCCAUUAGAUCGAUGGAUUUUAUCUCGUUUGUCUUUUGCAGUUGAGAUAUCCAACUCGGAAAUGUCAAAUUAUCAUUUUAGUCGUGUUACAACUGCCUUAUAUAAUUUUUGGCAGUAUGAUUUUUGUGACGUUUUCAUCGAAGGAAGUAAACCUGUGCUUGCUGACGGAAAAUCUGAAGGCGCAGAAGCCUCACGGAAAGUGCUUUACCAAUGUUUAGAAGUAGGCUUGCGCUUAUUAUCACCUUUUAUGCCUUUUAUUACGGAAGAACUGUGGCAGCGAUUGCCACAACCUUUAUCAAGAAAACAACCUAAAAGCAUUUGUAUCGCACCAUAUCCGGAAAGUGAAAAGGCUCGUUUUAUAAUUUAUACUACUUCAAAACGGAAAUUUUAUUCAUGCCGGGAUGAAAUACUGGAAAACCGAGUUGCACAAGCUAUGUCUAUAAUUAAGACUGUUCGUUCACUUCGAUCAGACUAUGGAUUAACACCUAAAGUGAAGUCAGAACUUUACGUGGUUUUCUUGGACAGUUCAGAAAAAGCGACAAUUGAUGAUCUCAUGUCGAUUGAUUUUCAGGUUUUUUUGCUUGAUGCUAAUCAAAUAAAUAAUCUGCCUGCAGGUUGUGCACAAGUUAUUGUUUCUUCGACGUGCAAGGUUGGAUUAUUGCUUGAGGGUAUAAUAGAUAUAAGUAAAGAAAUUUCGAAACUGACAGGCAAACAGCAGAAACUGAUGGCUCAGAUCCAUAAAUUAGAAGAACUUAUGUCCAGUUCUGCAUACGAUAAAGUGCCACUUGGUGUUCGCACUAAUAACAACGAAAAAGUAAAAUGUCUCAUUUAUUUUGUGUAA